AUGAAGAACUUAUCUAUUCAACCUCAUCACCUACCCAACAAUAACAUCUGCAUUAAAGUUCUUGCUGAAGGUGCUGCAAAUGUCAUAUAUCAGAUUACCAUUGAUCCAAAAUCACAGGGGGUUAUCGAGGUAGACAAGGAUCAUCAAGAUUUGGAUUAUCUUUCUGGAAAAUUAUUACGUCUUCGAAAAGAUGUUCCUACUACCGCUCCAACUUCAGAAUCAUACCAACAGUGGCUUACAUAUAUUGUACCCCUAUUCAAACCCGAACAAAUAGUCAUUCAAGAAUUGAUUUACAUUGGUCACCUUAAUGUAAUCCCUGGUUUAAAUACUGAUCUCAGACGUUUUGAUAAUCCUGGUACAUGUACCACGAAUCAUCUUGUCCCACCACCAAAAGGGAAAUUUUAUCGCUCCAGAGCUCAAAGUGGUACUUUCUUGGCAAAAGAUGAUUAUGGUCUUUUGAUUACAGAUAUGACACCUAGAAAAUCCGCACAAGAGACGGUUGUAGAAUUCAAACCAAAAUGGCUCUCACCAUCCCAUGAAUUACCAUCUAAAGCUAUCCGUUGCAGAACUUGUGCACUUCACGCACGUCGAGUAGCCUUUGGAGAAGAAAGAAAAAACACUGAUCUUCAAUCCUAUCUUUGUCCACUCAAACUCGUCGAUGAUGACCCUAAAUUAAAAUUCGAAAGUUACCUAGCUUCCGCCUCUCAUGUAUUACACAAACCUCAUGAAACACCCUCCGUACAAUCACUCGCAAGAUGGAUCCACGAAAAUCCAUUGCUAAAACGACUUCGCGAUCUCCAAACCGAAUAUGAUCUCAAAGGAUCUCUAAAGACGGAAAAAGCAUCUCAUGAACUAUGUGUAGCGAUGACCUUGAGAGAUUGUUCCUUAUACAUACGAAUGGAUAAAAAUCAUCAAGUCAUAGAAGCUCGUCUAGGAGAUUUAGAUUAUAAAUCACCUAAUAAGUAUUCAUCAUGGAGAAGAAAAGAACAGGAAUUAAUCGACGAGGGAUGGUAUUGUGGUGAAGAAAGUAAGGAAUUAAAACAACCAAUCGAUGAAUGUUUAUUAUCACGAAGGAUUUGA